AUGGCCACUGCACCAAAAGAAGCAGAAAAUGCUGUUGGCUUGGAGGAAAUCCACACGGAGAGACAAGAACCCCCAAAAGGGCAGAAGACAUUUACAGUGCAAGAAGCUGUGGAAACCAUUGGGUUUGGGAGGUUCCACAUUGCGCUUUUCCUGAUCAUGGGCAGCACUGGGGUGGUUGAAGCCAUGGAGAUCAUGCUAAUAGCUGUUGUGUCCCCUCUCAUCCGAUGCGAGUGGCAGCUUCAAGACUGGCAGGUGGCUUUAGUGACAACGAUGGUGUUUUUUGGCUACAUGGUCUUCAGCAUAGUCCUCGGGCUUCUGGCUGACAGGUAUGGCCGCUGGAAGAUUCUGCUUCUCUCAUUCCUCUGGGCAUCCUAUUUCUCCCUGCUGACCUCGUUUGCCCCAUCUUACAUCUGGUUUGUGUUCCUGCGGGCCAUGGUAGGUGGUGGCGUGGCAGGACACGCGCAAGGGCUUAUCAUAAAAACAGAAUUUUUGCCCACCAAAUACCGAGGAUAUAUGCUGCCCUUAUCUCAGGUGUUUUGGUUAGCAGGAUCCUUGUUAAUCGUUGGCCUGGCAUCAGUGGUGAACCCAACUGUCGGCUGGCGGUGGCUGAUCAGAAUCGCCUCCAUCCCUGGAAUCCUUCUCAUUCUGGUGUUUAAGUUCAUCCCAGAGUCAGCACGGUACAACGUCUCCACAGGAAACAUGGCAGCUGCCCUGGCCACACUGCGGAAGAUAGCCAAAAUGAAUGGGGCAACAAUGCCUGAAGGGGUGCUGAGGGAGCCCACCAAGGAAAGAGGAGGAAGAUUUAAGGACCUCAUCCACCCCAAAUACCUCAGAACCACUUUGCAGAUAUGGAUCAUAUGGCUUGGCAUUGCGUUCGCUUAUUACGGCGUCAUCUUGGCCAGUGCUGAGCUACUGGAGCGGGACCUUGUCUGUGGCUCCACAGCACCACCAGUGCAGGACGCUGUCGAUGACUCUGAGGAGAGCCACAGCCCCUGCCAUUGCCGCUUGUUUGGCCCCGCUGCCUACCAGACCAUGAUCAUCAGCACAGUCGGAGAGAUCGCACUAAAUCCUUUGAACAUUCUUGGCAUCAAUUUCCUUGGAAGACGCCUGAGCCUGUGUAUCACCAUGGGAUGUACAGCACUAUUCUUUCUUCUCCUUAAUAUCUGCACCUCAAGCACAGGCACGACUGGGUUUCUCUUCAUGCUGCGUGCCUUGGUUUCAGCAAACUUCAACACCAUCUACAUUUACACAGCAGAGGUUUAUCCCACGACAAUGCGAGCCCUGGGGAUGGGAACAAGUGGGUCACUGUGCCGUGUUGGAGCUAUGGUGGCCCCAUUUAUAUCACAAGUUCUCAUGAGUGCUUCUUUUAUCGGGGCCCUGUGUCUUUUCUCAUCUGUGUGCAUCGUGUGUGCAAUCUCUGCGUUCACACUGCCCAUCGAGACCAAGGGCAGGGCACUGCAG